AUGACAUUCAGGGCAGGAACAUACGACUUGAUUCCCGUCGGAACAGUUGUGAAGUUGCAGAUGUUCUGUAAAGUGGCUCGCCAUGCGGGUCCCGUUGGGCGUGCAGCGACACAUGCUGCAUCGAGCAGAACGACAAUGUUGAGAGCCUGGCGCGCUCGCAAACAGCACUUGAAACACGCGAGGACUGCCCAGGAGUUUGUUGCCCCCAAAGUUGUCCUCUUCUACCAAGCAGAUUGGACCCCAUAUCUCGAUGACCGCUCACGCAACCACGAGUCUGUCAGCAUCAUGAAAGAGUCAGAAGAUGCAACAGGCAUAAAUGCGUCGGCACUUGUUGACUUUCAUCCGGGUACAAGAGAUGCCCGAGAGAAACUCCGAUGGGCAUCAACGCGUGUAACUACUUUGCAGGAAGACAUCGCGUACUCGCUGUUUGGGAUCUUCAGCAUUCACCUCCCUGUAAUUUAUGGAGAAAAAAGACGGAACACGCUCGGACGACUUCUACAGGAGAUCAUAGCUCAUUCGGGCGACAUUGCGGCCUUGGACUGGUUGGGACAAUCGUCCAACUUCAACAAUGAGAUGCAGAUGUCGGUCUCCAUGCUGCAAAACAGUAUUGUGGCUGUGGAGUGGGCUUUGAGACUAUAUACCCUCCUGGAGAAUCCUAGCGUUCCUCAGUUCGCAGACGCCAGACUGCAACUACCUUGGAUCGCAUUUCCUCUCACCGAAGUGCUGGUGGAGACGGUCACGACGGAAGACAGCCUUGUUCAAUUCUUGCCUGCAAGGCAUACUCGGCAGUCAUUCCUGCUCGUUCAUGCGCGGAAUCGGGAUGAUCUCGGGCUGAUUAACUUUGCAGAUGAGACGCAGAGCGUAGAAGAUUGGCCCGAGUCCAAGUCUCCUGGAUACAAUGAGCCGACUACGCGAGAGUUGAGGCUGAUCGUUCGCCUCGGACAGCCUUUUGGUAGACUUUUGCUAGCGCAGCAGUGGGGUAGGGAGUAUAAGAGAAUUGCUUCGGAUAACAAUAUCAUCGCGCAAGUGAAGGACAUGACUUGUGUCGAUAACAUGAUGGACCUCAGGAUGUUAGAGAUAUUGUUUCAGAACUUCCUCUCGAAACUUGAGGUUCCGCUUGAAGCUCUUGUUGACUGCAGCAAGGAGAAACCUCAAGAUCGCAUGGACUUUGGUGAACAACUUCAUGACAUGUAUCCGAAAGUUAUAUUCACCAGCGGCAUUAUCUAUUCGCAGUUGAGUCCGAACUGA